AUGCCGAAAGACAAAAAGCCGCCGCUCGGUCUUGAAUCGCCUACACUUUCUCUCCCAGACAAGGCCCCAAACCAAUGCUCAGAGCAAGAUCAAGACCCGACGCGCAAGCGUCUUCUCCAAUCGUAUCUUCUCAAAGUCGACCUUCACCUGCUCCCAAUCAGCUUCAUGGUCUACUUCUUCUCUGUAAUCGACCGCAACAACAUCGGCAACGCCAAAUUAGCCGGCAUGCCGGAGCACCUCAACCUCCACGGGCAGCAGUUCAACUGGAUAGUAUCAAGCUUCUUCUUCACCUACAUAUUCUUCGAAAUCCCAUCCAACUACUGCCUCCGGCAGCUCGGCGCCCGAGUCUGGCUGCCCGUGAUAACCAUUGCUUGGUCCGUUUUGGUUGCCUGCAUGGCGUGCGCCAAGAGCUACGGGGCUUUGGUGGCUGUGCGCGUGCUCAUGGGGUGUUUUGAGGCCGGGUAUGUGCCCGGGUUCAUCUACCUUUGCAGCUUUUGGUACACUAGAAAGCAGAUCGCACCCCGUUUGGCGCUGUUUUUCUCCGCUGGGAUGUUCGCCGGUAUCUGGGCAGGGCCACUAGCCGCAAGGCUGCAGAAGAUCAAGGGCGGGCUGGAAGGUUACCAAUAUAUUUUCCUGAUCGAAGCCGCGAUAACCGUCGGCCUGGCAUUGAUCAUGUGGGUGGUCCUGGAUAACUACCCAGAGACCGCACGGUUUUUGACCGCGGAGGAGCGCGCAGCUGGCCUGCGAAUGCUUUCGGAGGACAAGACGCAGUCUGCCCGGGCGCCUUUCCGGCCACAGCAGGUUCUGGGGGCGCUGUCGGACUGGACACUGUGGGGGUACGCGGUGAUAUUCUGGGCGUCGGCAUUAGGCGGAGCCACGCAGGCGAUCUUUGGGCCAACAUUGAUUGCCGCUAUGGGAUACGAGUCGACACACGCCCAGGUGCUUUCGGCUAUUCCGAGCGCCUGUGGGUUUGUUGUGCAGAUCGCAUCGAUGUUUUUCCCGCGAAUUCAUUCAAGGUACUCGCCGUGGAUCAUGGUAUGCAGUGGCUUGGCUUGUGCCUUUUAUGCGGUGAUUGCUUCGGUAGAGAGCACCAAGGUGCGGUUUGCGUUUUUGUGUUUGGCGAAUGCUGCGUUGUCGCCGAACAUGCCGCUGGUGUCAAUGUGGAUGUCGAUGAAUGUCCUGGGCGUGACGAAGAAGGGCGUAGCUGCUGCUGUUACGGUGAUGUUUGGUGGCGUUUCUGGACUGAUCGGCGCACAUGUGUAUAGGGAAAGGGAUUAUCCGCGGUACCGGUUCGGCCAUAUUUUUGUGUGCGCCUGUAAUGCGCUUAUUUUCUUGGUUGCUUUGGCUCUGCAGCUGUACUUCAGGUGGGAGAAUCGGAGAAGAGACAAGAAGGCCGGGGAUGGAGUAGUGGUGGUGGAUGGCUCGGCUAUGAGCGAGAAUGUUAUUGAGGAAACAGACGAUAAGCGGCCUGAUCAUAGGUACACUUGGUAA